GGAAGGUGCCGGUGCGGGGGGGAAGAGGAGGAGGAGGAGGAGGAGGAGGAGGAGAAGCGCGGCUCAUGCCCGCCCCGGAGCGCGGCGCUCGGCGCGACCAGGUCCUGCUAGCGAGUCAUGAUGGUUGAAUCUGCCUCGGAGACGAUACGUUCCACCCCCUCAGCCCAGAACGGGGUGAGCAGCCUGAGCCAGCAGCCCGAUGGCGGCGGGGGCGGCGCGGGGGGCGGCGGGCGCGACGGAGCCGCCGGAGAGGCCAACGGAGAGAUGAGCCCCGUGGAGCUCCUGCACUUCCAGCAGCAGCAGGCUCUCCAGGUGGCACGCCAGUUCCUGCUGCAGCAGGCCACGGGGCUGAGCUCCCCCAGCAGCAACGAGGGCAAGCAGCCAGCGGUGCAGGUGCCCGUGUCCGUGGCCAUGAUGUCCCCGCAGAUGAUCACCCCGCAGCAGAUGCAGCAGAUCCUCUCUCCGCCCCAGCUCCAGGCCCUCCUGCAGCAGCAGCAGGCGAUAAUGCUGCAACAGCUGCAGGAAUACUACAAGAAGCAACAGGAGCAGCUUCACCUGCAGCUAUUGACACAGCAGCAAGCUGGAAAGCAGCAACCCAAAGAGCCGUUGGGGAACAAGCAGCUGGCCUUCCAGCAGCAGCUCCUGCAGAUGCAGCAGCUCCAGCAGCAGCACCUGUUAAACCUGCAGCGCCAGGGCCUGGUGAGCCUCCCGCCAGGGCAGGGCACGGUGCCCCUGCAGACCCUGCCCCAAGCCGUGUGCCCCUCGGACCUCCAGCAGCUCUGGAAGGAGGUCACGGCUGCCCAGCCCGUCGAGGACAGCAUUAAGCAAGAAGGUCUUGACCUCACCACCAACACCUCCAACUCUACCUCGUUUUCGGCCGCCAAGGUCUCGCCUCCCAUUUCCCAUCACCCUCUGCCCAAUGGACAGAGCACCAUGCACACGCCCAGAAGGGACAGCUCUUCCCACGAAGAGACCCCCGGCUCCCACCCGCUCUACGGCCACGGAGAGUGCAAGUGGCCUGGCUGCGAAACCCUCUGUGAGGACUUGGGGCAGUUUGUCAAACACCUCAACACAGAACAUGCACUUGAUGACCGAAGCACGGCCCAGUGUCGAGUCCAGAUGCAAGUGGUACAGCAGCUGGAGAUACAGCUGGCCAAGGAGAGCGAGCGUCUCCAAGCAAUGAUGGCCCAUCUUCACAUGAGACCUUCAGAGCCAAAGCCUUUCAGCCAGCCUGUAAGCCUGAACCUGGUCUCCAGUGCCACCCUCUCCAAGAGCACUUCCGACACGUUUCCCGACGGUUUACCUCAUCCCCCCACCUCAGCCACGGCGCCCAUCACCCCCCUGCGGCAGGGCCCCUCCGUCAUCAGCUCUUCCACUUUACACAACGUGGGGCCCAUCCGCAGGAGGAACUCGGAGAAGUUCUGCACCCCGAUAUCUUCAGAACUUGCACAGAAUAACGCCGUCCGCCACAACCUGAGCCUGCACAAGUGCUUCGUGCGCGUGGAGAACGUCAAGGGCGCCGUGUGGACCGUGGACGAGCACGAGUACCAAAAGCGAAGGCCACCAAAGAUGACAGGGAGUCCGACCUUAGUCAAAAAUAUGAUUUCAGGACUCGGUUACGGAGCACUUAAUGCAAGUUACCAGGCUGCGCUGGCAGAGAGCAGCUUCCCACUGCUCAACAGCCCCACCAUGAUCAACACCAGCUCGGCCAGUGCCAUGCUGCACGUGGGCCACGACGACGUCAGCAGCACCGUGGAGCAGGUCAACAGCAACGGCAGCAACAGCCCGCGCCUGUCCCCGCAGCAGUACAGCCACCCAGUGCACGUGAAGGAGGAACCAGCCGAGGCGGAGGACGACAGCAGACCCGUGUCGCUGAUGGCCACCACCAACCAGAAUGUGACGAUUCCCGACGACAGGGACCUGGAGGAGGAGCUGCCAGUGGAAGACUUGUCCUAAGGACUCCUUCCUCCUCCCUCACCGAGGGGCAAACCCUUCCCACCCUCCCGGCCGGAGACCAAGCGACGCUCCCGCCUCCCCAAGGUGACCUUCGGCGUUAACCUGUUCUUUAAAGGCACUUCCACAAAGCAGAAGGGUUUCCUCGGGGCAACGACCCGUUGCUGCCGGCGCGUCCCUCGCGCUCCCACUGCCCCGCGCCGCAGCCGGUGACUGACCGACCCCGGCACGAGAAGCAGAAACCCGAGAGCUGGACUUUUUCUCCCCUCCUCCCUUGGUUAGUGACUGGUGAACGAGGAUGGUAGGUUGUUUCUGUCCGAAAUGGUCCCUUCCUUCCCUCCCCGUGCGCGGCGGGCGCAGGGAAGGUGCCUCUGUCCCCUCCUGCCGCGGCGCUCGGCCGUCCCCGGGCAGCGAUGGCAGGAACCCGCUGAAGGCAGGAACCCACUGCCGUCCCUCGGGCCCCCGGUGGGUUUUGCACUAGGAGGGACCGUGGACCCUGCCCACGCGUGCUGCCUCCACCCAGCUUUGGGGGAAGAAACAGCGGAAACGGGGCUGAGCCCUCUGCCGUGCUCUGGAUGUCGGGCUCGCACCGUUGUCUCCAAGCUGGGGAAGGAUGAGGACCAGCACGUCAGUGGGACGGGGUCCCCUCUGCCUUGUCACCUCCGGCCAGUUGCUAAACUGCCUGGCAAGCAGAGCGGCCUCCCCAGGCUCUGCCCUCCACGAGCUGGUGGGGGGCUCCUGGCACCCAGCAGUGCUGCCCAUCCCCAGCCGACUGCCAGCAGCAGCAGUGAGGAC